AUGGGGAGGGAGGUGGUGGCGAAGUUGCUGAAGAUGAUGGAGUUGUGGAGUUGGUCGAGUGAGUGGGUGAUUGAGCUGACGGUAUUGAGGGAGGCGGUGGUGAGUGUGAGGGAGGAGGUGGCCGAUGAGAAGAUGACUAUGACUAUGGCGCUGAAUACUGUGAAUCCGACGAGGAGGGGGGAGAUGAGGCGUCAGAGGAGGUGGACCUGCAGGACUGUGGAGGUGCGAGUUUGGGUUCGACACUUUGGGUUGGUUGGCUGUGAUGGGCUCCUAUUCCUCGAUUGUCUCGCAAGACACAAGGGCACAACGACGAAACAAAAAUAG